AUGAAAUAUCAAACAUCAUCAACUCCUUCGGAAAGGAAAUCUCCAACAACAACCUCUAAAUUCUCAUCUCCGGAAACCUCUACAUCGGGUGUUUCUCCUUCGUUUCAACAUUUUACGCCGACUCAACGACGAGCCUCAAUCACCUUCCCUUCCUCAUUUCAACAUCCUUCCUCAACCACCUCCUCAGAAUCCUAUUCAUCCCAUUCUUCCAACUCUUCCUACUCUGACUUUCAAAAGCUUCCAGAUGAUAUACUCCUCACUCAUUUACUCCAACAAGGAAGAAAUCAUAGCAAGAUCGGAGUGUGUCUUUCCAUUCUCCCUAUUAUCUAUAUAUCGACGUGUUGCUGUCAGGAAAAAGGUUGCUUUGUAUUUCUCUCAGUAGCCCUUUCAGAAAUUGUUUGUCACAUUGUGAUCAACAAGAUGAGACACACCACGCUGCAAAGUUUCAUUCGAUGGCAUCUGAUCAAAUUGAUCAUAGUUCUCAUGGCACAAAUUACCAAUCAAGUGUACUAUGGGGCCCUCUUCCCUGCGUAUUUGCUGACAACGUUCAAAAUUCUCAUCGUUUCCAAGAACUUUUGCUUCAAUAUACGACUCAUGAUUCAGGUGGGACUGAUACUCGUGCUAGGAACUAGCGCAGCCAUGUUCAUUGCCUAUUUCACACAACCCUUCCCUUCAGAAAAGAUGUUGCUUUUUGCAGAUCCGAAACUGCAGUAUCCAUUAUCUCUGAACCAAGUUAGGCUAUCCAUCUUUGUAAGGUUAUUAGGAGUAUUUGUGCUACAAUUUGGUGUCUUGUUUGGAGGAUACCUAUUUUCUGAAGCUCUUGUUCAAACCAACCAAGAAUACACCAGACAACAAGUAGAGAUCACACGAGAGAAGAUCAAAAACUCGGAAAAGACUAAAUUCAUUGCCAACUUGAGUCAUGAAGCUAGAAAUCCCAUUCACUGCAUUUUAGGAAGUCUCCAAGUUUUGAGUCAUCAUUUUCAGGCUGAUAAAUGCCUCCAUGGAUGUGAACAUUGUAUGUUGAACAAUACCGCCAUUUCAGAGACCAUGCAAGAUAUUAAGGAAAAUGCAACCUUACUACUCCAUAUCUUGUCUUCUUCAUUACAAAUGACUUCUCUUGAAAUGGAUAAAAUUGUGUUGAGAAAUGAAGAAUUCUCGAUUGUGAAUUUGAUUGAUUCGUUGAUGGGUGCCUUCUCUCAUUUAGCUCAAGAAAAGAGAAUUUCGUUGAAUGCAUUUUGCAAUGUUGCAGCCAUUCCAGCAACACUGAAAGGAGACUCGGUGAGAAUAUCUCAAAUCAUUAUGAAUAUUGUGUCCAAUGUUAUCAAGUACACCAAAAAGGGAUUUGUGCGAUUGAAUUGUGAUGUAGUAAAACCAGAUGAUCCAGAAUUACAAGAAAUCAGAAGCUCUCAACCUGAAAAGAAUAACAAUAUUACCUAUAUCAAGCUCGAAUGCAUUGACACAGGAUGUGGCAUCUCUCAAAGUCAAAUGCAAAAUCUUUUCCAGCCUUACCGAAUCGUUCCAACAGAAAAAGACGAAGAAAUAUCAGUAGGUUUUGAACACUACUUUAACACCAAUCGAAUCAAAUUGGACGAUGGUGGAAGUAGUGUCAUGAAUACCAAACGAACAGGUCUAGGUUUGUGCAUUUCUAAAAUGUUAGUAUCCAAGAUGCAUGGCAUGAUCACAGUGGAGAGCUGUCCUCAUGAAGGUGGUACUGUUUUUAAAAUUAUUCUACCUUUGGAAAAUGUCACGCCAGUACAAGAUGGAAAGGUCAUGAAUGAAGUAGAAUUUCCUCCUUCUUUGAAAAAUCCAUCCAUUCUCUUCAUUGACGAGAACGAAUACGAUUCAGCUCGAAAGGCCUUUCUCCAACUCAAUGAGAAUCAUGUUCAAAUCAUUCCCACACGAUUUCGAGGAUCCAUGAAACAAUUUCUGGAAAAUGUCAAAUGUCUGUCGAAACCUGUUCGAUUCUCAGAUUUGCAUGAACUUGUUCAAAAUGCAAGAGAGUUCAUGUUUAGCCAUCCUAACCAUGACAUGCCUGAGUCGGUGUUCCACCAUCACGAAAAAUCACAUAGUCUCACCCAUCUUUCAGCUGUCUCCUCUUCGUCAGCACCUAUGGAUCGACCAGAAUUCCAUCAUCCACUUGAUCUUCAUCAUUUUGUGACGCCAGCCGAAAAUGGUCAUCACUCUGUUGCACAAGCCCCAACCAAUUCCCCACAAGUAUCUCCUCCCCUAUGCGUUGACUUUAAUUGCAGCAACCGUAUGCGUCAUCAUAGUCCCACUGUUAAUGGACAUCAUCAUCAAAACCCUCCAUUAAUUCCUAUAAUUCCAGAUUUUAGCAAGUUCUCAGUUCUAAUUGCAGAUGACAAUGCUGUGAAUCGAAAAGUGUUGGUAAAAAUGCUACAAAUUAUUGGAUUCCGUGAUAUUGAUACAUCCAUUGAUGGAAAGGAAUGUUUUGAAAAAUUUCAACAAAAGGUGUAUGAUCUCGUAUUGUUGGAUUGUAUCAUGCCAGUGCUGAGUGGAAAAGAAGCAUGCUCCUUAAUAAGGAAAUGUGAAGAAAGAACUGCAAGCAGAAUUCCAAUUGUUGCCAUCACAGCCAACACUUGGGAAGUAAGAGAAACUUUGUUAACACAAGGAUUUGAUGAUGUGUUAUACAAGCCAUUGGUCUUGGAAACUUUUAGACAGCUAUUGGUGAAAUUGUUGUUGAAUAAAAUGUGA